GAUUUUAAGUUUGACCUAUGCAUAAGUGCUACCUCAUUUCAGAUCGAGUUGCGCUUGAAGCUGAAGAUAGAAUUUCGCCACUGGUCAAUGAGAAGAAAAGGUUGUUCAAUGACCUGUUUACUGCUAAAGGAAAUAUAAAAGUAUUUUGCUGUACACGGCCCUAUUUGAAGAUGAAGGUACAUCAAUAGUUGAGUUUCCUAAUGAUUUCACCAUCCGUAUUAACACUGGUGUUGAUUCUUUAUCCAAUCCAAAAAUGGAUUUCGAAUUUGAUAGGGCGUAUGGAUCGCAAUGUUGAGCAAGGGGAGCUCUUCCAUGAUGUUCAGCCAUUUGUGCAGUUAGCUUUGGAUGACUAUACUGUUUCUAUAUUUUCUUAUGGGCAAACUCGUUCUAGACAGACACAUACCAUGGAAGGAUCUAGUUAUGAUCGUGGUCUGCAUGUUCGAAGUUUUGAGGAGCUGUUUGAUUUAUCCAACUCAGAUACAACUUCUGCUAUUUGGUUUAAUUUUUAUGUUACAAUAGUUGAGCUCUACAAUGAACAGGUUCCAUUCACUUUCAUGUCUUCUUAG